AUGAACUAAAAUACUAAUAUUAAUAAUAAUAAUAACAAUAAUAUUAACAAUAAUAAUAAUAAUAAUAUUAACAAUAAUAACAAUGAUAACAAUAAUAACAAUAAUAAUAAUAAUAACAAUAAUAACAAUAAUAAUAAUAAUAAUAAUAAUAUUAAUAAUAAUAAUAAUCAUAAUAAUCAUAAUAUUCAUAAUAAUCCUAAUAAUAAUUAUUAUUUAAGUAAACGAAUUUCUAAUGCUAGUCCAUUGUUAUUUUAAGAUGAUAAUUAAUUAAAUAUAUCUAAAAAUUCAGUAUUACAUACUACCAUUAUAUAAAAAGAAAUAAACGAAGACGGUAAAAAAUAAAUAAACAACUAUACAUUUAUAAAAGAGCUUGGAAAGUAAUAUAUAUAUAUAAAUAUAAAAAUAUAUUAAUAUAGAGGAAAUUGUGGAAAAGUAAAACUCGCUUUAGAUGAAAUUACCCAAAAAUACUUCGCCAUAAAAAUAGCUAAUAAAGAAAAACUAAAAAAAAAGCUAAUGUCUGUUAAAAUGAACGCAUUUACCCUUUUAUAAUAAGAAAUAGCCAUAAUGAAAAAAGUAGAUCACCCAAACAUUGUAAAACUCUACGAAGUAAUCGAAGAUUCAGAAGAUAAUAAGCUAUAUUUGGUUAUCGAAUAUAUGUAAAUAGGAUCAGUACUUUCUUCUGGAUAUUUCAAGAAAUAGCUUAUAAAAAGCGAUCCUUUAUUAUAUAAAUAGAUAUACGAUGAAAAUGGCAAAACUAAAAAUAAAAAUAUAGAGCCGAAAACCAUUUCUAUAGAACAAUUGCAUAAUUUUGCGAAUAUCAUUCAUAGAGAUAUUAAACCUGAUAAUCUAUUAGUAGAUGAACAAGAUAAUAUUAAAAUUGCAGAUUUUGGCAUUUCUUAAUUAAUUGAAGAUGAUUAAAAUGAUUAAACAACAUCCAAUGCAGGAACUAAAGCUUUUAUGGCACCUGAAUCUUGGGAAAAAAAAUAGUUUUAAGCUAAACCUUUAGACAUAUGGGCUACGGGAGUUACUUUGUAUAAUAUGAUAUAUGGGUUUAUUCCUUUUAAAGAAAAAAAAAUUAUUGAUUUAAAAGAUGAAAUAUGUAAUAAGAGUAUUUUUUACCCAAAUGAACCUUAAUUAAAUCCUUAAGUCAAAGAUCUAAUUUAAAGAAUGCUUGAAAAAGAUGCCGAAAAGCGAAUAACUGCAAGAGAGAUGCUUUAACAUCCUUGGUUAACCUUCGAUGGUAAAAUUAAAUUAAGAAAUGAUAUUAGUCAUACACUAGAAGUUAAUAAAACUGAUUUAGAAAAGGCUAUUAAAUAAAGUACAUAGCUUACAGUUUCUUUUAUGAUUGCUUUAGGAAUGAAAAAAAGCUUAAAAAGAGCUAGAAAUUCUAUUUAAUUGAAUGAAAGUUUAAAUAAUAGUAUUUAUUUAAAAGAAUCAUUAUUAUAGAAAAUGGGAAUAUUAGGAUAAGAUUAAUUAAAUUAGAAUAAUAUUUAAGAAAUGUAAUAAUUAAAAAAAACGUAAAGUAUAUCAGAAAAUAUAUUUGACAUAAGUUAGGUUAGUGAGAAAGAUUGA